UGGAAAUACACGGUUUGAUAUUACGUGAAAAUAAAAAUAAUUGAUCUGUGAAGUUUAAAAUGAAGUUUUUUGAUAAGGGCGUCGUUGGGCAUACUAACAGUUUCACUCAAAAUGAUCUAUUGCAAUAUGUGGAAGCACUUAUGAAGGAGUCAGCGAUUCACCAACAGACCGAAGGGAACUACAGCUGGUUGAAAUCUAGGCAAACACAACAUGACUAUUCUAAAGACUUGGAGGCUUUCAUACCUAUGGUUUCUAAGAUGUCUCCAGAAAGCUGCGCCUACGUCGCCGUGAAACUGGACAAGCUGACAGAAGAUGGCAGCACUACGGUGCUCGGCCAUUUUAGACGGCUACUGUUAGAGCAGGAUAGCAUGCGGCUUAUAGAGGGAGCGACAAGGAGGGAUAGAGUGCGUCCGGACUUGGGGGAACGGCGGGCUGUUGUGUCGUUUAUUUUAGAAAAAGAGUGUACUAAUUCCUUCGCCUAA